AAACGCACGUGAUUCCUUAUGCGAAGCUUGUGAAGAAGGUUUGCCAGCAGUGUGCCAUGCUACACACACACACACACACAUACGCGCCACAAAAUAAAACCAUCGACUGACCAUAGAUACAAAAUUCAUACAAGGCUUUGGAAUGGUGUCUAUCCCCAGUGACAGUGAGCGGCGAGCCCGGCCCAGAGCCGAACUCUCUCUCUGUGGCUGUCAACAAACAUCUGGCAGGGCCGGCACGGUUCAGCACUCAGCUGGACAGCACAUGGCCUAAAACAAUAACAGCAGGACAGCAGAGUGAGCAGAGUGCCUCACUGCCCUCACGUAGCGCAGACCGCUCUACCGCCCUUUUCCUGCCACCUGCUGGUGUAUUUGAAAUUGUCUUUGACGGCGACUACUCAACCUUCUCAUCUUGCCCUGCCUCCCUAGUCCCUACCAGUGCCGGCGGCCCUACCGGUUAAGCCUCCUCGGCCUGCCCUGCAGAGGUGAAAGUGCGGCGAAUAAUGCAGUGCACUCUGUACUGUGCAUAGGUGCACGGUGGCACUGUCUUACUGUCACUCCCCUCUGUCUCGGGGCCCUGUGGCAGUGCAGUUCUGGUCUCUGGGAAGGCUGUGCCAGGAAGAUGGGGCGGCUCUGGUUCGCUCGAAAACUGCUGACACACAGAAAAAGGCAGUUCACAUUUGGCUAUUGUCCAAGGCUAAUUUACAGCCAGACAGGCGUGUGGCCCACCACGGAUGAUGAACUCAGCCACACCACCAAGAAGGAGAUUGAUGCAUUUUGGAAAGAAAAAUACAAAAGACUUGGGCAUGAACCAAUAGAGGAUGAGGAUGAUGGAGACAGCCAAGGAAAGAAGUAUGUGCUCUCCAUGUUCCCGUACCCCUCAGGGAAACUCCACCUGGGGCACGUUCGGGUGUAUGCCACUAGUGACGCCAUGGCCAGGUUCUACCGCCACAGAGGCUACAAGGUGAUCCACCCAAUAGGAUGGGAUGCCUUUGGCUUGCCAGCAGAGAAUGCUGCCAUUGACAGCAACAAGAUGCCAGACCUUUGGACACACACCAACAUAAAUCAGAUGAGGGAACAGCUGCAGGAGUUGGGAUGCCACUUUGAUUGGCACCGCGAGUUUGCAACAUGUAACCACCAAUACUUCCACUGGACUCAAAGCCUCUUUCUGCGGCUGUUCCAGGCAGGACUGGCUUACCAGAAAGAGGCAAUGGUGAACUGGGACCCAGUGGACCAGACAGUGUUAGCUAACGAGCAGGUGGAUGAGGAUGGAUGUUCGUGGCGAUCUGGUGCAAAGGUGGAGCAGCGUUACCUGAGGCAGUGGUACAUCAAGAUCACCAGAUUUUCCAAGUCAUUAUUGGAUGGCCUGUCAGACACAGCACUGGAAAACUGGCGUGACAUCACCAAGAUUCAGCGCCACUGGAUUGGGGAAUGUGGAGGCUACAGGGUAGAGAUGGAUGUGGCAAAGGAGAGCCACAGCAGUGCUGGAACAAACCAAAGAUUGCUACCAGCCUCAAGAUUGAAUCUGUGGAUGACACAGCCAGAACUGCUCCAUGGCAUCAGCUUCCUUGGGGUUCGCCGUGGCCAUGUACUGGACACAGAGGCACACAGGGGGCGCUGUUGUGGUGGUCACCAGCUGCUCAAGGUUCAUGCCAUCUGUCCCAUCAGCCGGCGGGAGAUCCCAAUAAUAAUGAGUGACACUCUGCCAUACAUUGAAGACACAGAAGCUUAUGUUGGCAUUCCUUGUAUUUCAGAGGAGGACAAAAAUAUUUCAAGUAACUUUGGCUUCACAGUCCCACACAUUCUUAAGAAUGGCAGAUUAAUAAAUUCAGGAGAGCUGAGUGAUCUGUCUCUGGCAAAAGCAAGGGAGCAAGUCACUCAGACACUCGUGGAUAAAGGAGCUGGAGGGUUCCCAACCAGUGCCAAACAGAAGGAUUGGCUCAUAUCCCGCCAGCGAUACUGGGGCACCCCCAUACCCAUUGUACACUGUCCCAGCUGUGGAGUUGUGCCUGUACCUGAACACCAGCUGCCUGUAGAGCUGCCUAAAAUCUCUCACUUUCCAAAGAGGGGCAUCUCCCCACUGAAGGAGGCACAUGGCUGGCUGAGAUGUUCCUGCCCAAGGUGUGGACAGGAAGGCCAACGAGAAACAGACACGAUGGACACCUUUGUUGACUCUUCGUGGUAUUUCCUUCGCUUCCUGGACGUCAAUAAUGAGGAACAACCCUUCAGUUUCAAGCUUCAGGAGGCCUUCAUGCCGGUGGACCUUUACGUUGGAGGAAAAGAGCACGCGGUGCUUCACAUGCUGUAUGCUCGGUUCAUGCAGCAUUUCCUGGCUAGUGAAGGUUUGGUGAGCCACUGGGAGCCUUUCAAGAGGUUGAUCAUGAUGGGAAUGGUAAUGGGGUCAGCAUACAAGGUGAAGGACAGUGGCCGCUACCUCACCAAAGACCAGGUGGACUUCUCUGUAAAGCCACCAGUGGAGCUGGGCACAGGAGCAUCCCUUGUCAUCACCACUGAGAAGAUGAGCAAGAGUAAGAAUAAUGGCAUUGAUCCCCAGGAAGUGUUGGAAAUCUAUGGAACAGACACCACAAGACUCCUCAUGCUGGCCAACUUUGCACCAGGCUCACCAAGAGACUGGUCUGAGGAAACCUUCCCAGGCAUCUUCAGUUGGCAGAAUCGUCUGUGGAUGACAGUGGCAGAGUUUAUUGAUAUCAGACAAAACAAAGAUCAUAGCCUGAGCUGUAUAAGUGACGAGGAGAGGAAGGAGCACGAGCAACACCUCUGGAAUGCACACAACCACGCCCUCUACAAUGUCACCUACAUCAUGGAGCACACACACCAGCUCAAUGCAGCCAUCGCCUUCAUGCAGGCACUCACCACCAGCCUCAGGAAAGUGCCCAAGAUCCUGAUGAUGAGUGAGGUGUUUGAGCAAGCCCUGGCAAAUCAGAUCAUCAUGCUUUCCCCAAUCACACCUCACUUCACCAGCGAACUCUGGGCUGGAUUCUGCAGUGUGGCCACCUGCUCCUCUCUUCAGAAGGAAGUACCCCUGAUGAACCAGCCAUGGCCAGAGGUGGACCAGGACUACCCUCUACCUCUCAGAUACUUUAUCAAAGGAGAGAAGCCACAACAAGUGAAGGUUCCCCGCAGGAUGCUAGACCACCUCAGUCCAGAGCAGGCACUACAGUUGGUCUCCAAGGAGAAGAAUUUCCAAGAGUUUCUUCAGGGAAGAACAAUAGUAGACACUCAGCUGAAAAUCCUCCCUGGGCUGAGGGCCAGUGUGUUCUUCACCUACAGUGUGCAUGACGUGGCCAGAGCCAAACAAGAGCUAAAAAAGAGGAAAGAAGAAAAGAAAAAACAAAAACUAGAGAACAAGAUGAAGAGAAAGCAAAGAGCAGUAGAUUGAUGUUGUACAGUAUAUGUGUAUAUUAUUAGCCUUCAUAAUUAAAAUAAUUGUUGGUU